GUUUGCGAUUAUUCGGCAAAUUUAGUGGCGAUUAUUGGUGAAGCGACAAAUCCAAUGGUGUUGGAGGAAAUCGGUGCGCAGGGGUUUUCCAUCCGAACAAACCUUUUCAUAGGCGAUACACGAUGUUUGACGCCGGAGGCACUGCUUAAUUAUAUGAAAGCGGUUUGCUACCAUACUAAAGAGAAUUCAUGA